UUAUACAAUUGGUUAUGGUCUGUGAGGGGUUGGAUUUCCUCAUGCGCCAAAUUUUAUUUUAGUGUUGUCACGUUAAAAUAAAGUUGAGGAGAGGACUGUAUUGAAUAGAGGAAAAAAGGAAAAGGUUUUGCAAUGGCUCAGGCUCUGAGAUCUGGAAUGAUACCAGCCAUUUUCAAGAGCAGACUCGCACCUUCUGCAAAUUUGAGGUCGGCCAACUUCAAGCGAUCUUUUGCUUCUUCAGCAGAGCACGAUGAUGCCUAUGAAACUGAGAAGUGGAAAAGAAUAACUAUUGCAGGAAUAAUUGCAUGCACCGCCCUGGGAAUUUAUGACCUAUCUGGUGAACAUGAACAUUUUGACGAACCUCCACGUUACCCAUACUUGCAUAUCCGGAACAAAGAAUUUCCAUGGGGUCCUGAUGGUCUUUUCGAGAGGAAGAAACAUCACUCUGAACACUAAUUGCAAAGAAAUUUACUUUGGACAAGCAGAUUUAGGCAUCUUGGAUAUGUGUGGGUUGAGACUUUACAUUUGAUCCUCGGAUGUUUUCUUUACUUGCAGAACUGUGAAUGAAUUCUAGGUUUUAUUCAAUAAUACUGGAACGUCCAGAUUCAGAUCUGAGUUUCUUCUCUCUUAUUUUGCUUUUUGCGCAUGCUGGCUAAGGACAAAUGCCCUGCUUUGUGAAAUAAUGAGCCUGAUCUUUUGCUUCCUUGUAGAAACUUCUAUUCAUAUUCCAUUACUCAAACUUGGAUUGUGCUUGUUGCAUCACAAAGCUUAUGUGUUAUUUUUGGGUAAUUGAUCACUGCUAUUAUAGAAUCCAAUCACGAUGAAAUGAUAUUUAAAUUUAUGGGAAUUAUAAUUGAAAAACCA